AUGUUUGCAAGAUCGAGUAGUUUACAACAACAAUCGCAAGUAUAUAAUGACAAUAGCUUGGAGCAUCACCAAUAUGAAUCUCGUACAAGUAACAUUGGUUCUUCGAACUCUUCACCAUCAGACAACGUUGGCUCUGUCUCACCGUACUCAAAAUCCCCAUGGUCAGCACAUAUGUCAUUGCCAGCUCCUUCAUACGAAGAUGGCUUAUCAAAUAAUAAUGGAGGUUCUUUUAAUUGCUUAAUGGGUUCAUUAAUAAGAGAGGAAGGACACAUUUAUUCUUUAGCAACAUCAGGAGACUUAUUAUAUACUGGGACCGACAGUAAAAAUAUUCGAGUUUGGAGAAAUCAACGGGAAUACUCUGGGUUUAAAUCAAAUAGUGGGCUAGUUAAAUCAAUUGUAAUAUCAGAAGAUAAAAUAUUUACAGGUCACCAAGAUGGAAAAAUUCGAGUUUGGAAAAUGUCUUCAAAAAAUCCGAGUAUCCACAAGAGGAUUGGAACAUUACCAACCUUUAAGUCAUUUAUGAAGAAAUCUAUCAAACCAAGUAACUAUAUAGAGAUAGGAAGGCAUCGCAAUGCAUUAUGGAUACGGCAUCUUGAUGCCAUCUCAUCGCUUAGUUUAAGUGAGGAUCGAAACUACUUAUACUCUGCUUCAUGGGACAAGACCGUGAAGGUAUGGCGUAUAUCAAACUUCAAAUGCCUUGAAUCAAUCCCAGCCCAUGACGAUGCUGUCAAUGCUGUUGUUGCUGGAUGUGACGGACUUGUCUUUACUGGGUCCGCUGAUGGUACAAUUAAGGUAUGGCGCCGUGAGGUCCAAGGAAAGGGAACUAAACAUUUUUUUUCCCAAUCAUUGUUAAAACAAGAAUGUGCUGUGACAGCUUUAGCAAUUGACCCAACUGCCACAAUUGUGUAUAGCGGUUCAUCAAACGGUCAAGUUAACUUUUGGGAGAAACAAAACUUUUCAAUUCCAUGCGGAACUCUAAAUGGGCAUAAACUUGCAGUAUUGUGCUUAGCUACUGCAGGGAGCAUGGUUAUAAGUGGGUCUGCGGAUAUGAAUAUUUGUGUUUGGAAAAGAAUGACUAACGAGGAUAUAAAUAACGAUAGUCAUGUUUGCUUGUCGGUUUUGACGGGGCAUAAUGGGCCAGUUAAGUGUUUAGCUGUUGUGGCGAGUGGGGAAGCAACUUCAUUUGAUACAAGGUGGGUUUUGUAUAGUGGAAGUUUGGAUAAGUCAAUCAAGAUUUGGAGGAUAUCAGAGGAGGUCCCGAAUUCAAAUGUCUCAUACAGUAGAAGUAACACACAACGACAUGAUCUAUCAUUUGCCUUUCGAUGA